GCACUGCCUGACGUAGCGAAGCACCGGCUGCGUUUCCAUAGCGCGUAUUGCGCAACCGGACGGAUCGGCAGUCCGAGCAGCCUGUCCGCGUCGCUAGCCUGCGAAAGACAGAGAGCUGGACGGAGCUGUUUGUCCACUCCGCGUGCGCUGGUUCAGUUUUUUUUUCAUCGUUCUUACUAUUAGUAUUCAUUUUCCUUUUUGUUGCGGUGAGCUUGUAUGGGAGUCGCGGCGCUGCCGAGUGCACGCGCAUUCCUCGCGCCCGAGCUGGGAUCUCGUCGCUGUUGGGAUGCGGCCGUGAGACGAGCGCGAGGAGCAACGGGCGCGAGCGGCGCGCGGCGGCACAAAGUUUACGGCCGCGGCCCUGAAGCCGGAGCUUAAUCGCGAGGGGGAGAGCGCGAGCGUGGGCGCCUCGUCUGAGGGGACUGAAGGGGUACAGCGGCGGAGAGGCGUGCGCGAGGCUCGCCGCUGUCCGCGCGAGCUGCACUCGGCGUUGAAGAGACGGGUCGCCGCGGCUCCGUGACGCCAGCGUGCACUUGCAACGCUUGACUGACUGAUUCUUCUGACUUUGAGCUGAGAGAGAGAGUGAGAGGAGAGAGAGGAGAGCAAAGGCAUCUAUAUGUUUUGGUCCAAUCCCACCGCUUCAUCCUCGCAGCCUCGCUGAAUGAAUGCGCGCGGGACUACGGCGUGAUCCGUGCGCGCGCUGACCGCCGUUCACGCCUCUCCGGACUGCUCGCUUCUGAACUAGAUAUGUCGAGAUCCACGUAAGGAUGGAUGGAAUUAUCAGUCUGUUGGGGCUCAUCGCGCUCAUGCUGGAAGGCGUUUACUGCCAGGGAGUGUACGCUCCCCCUACUGUCCGGAUCGUGCAUUCGGGCCAUGCGUGUAACGUAGAGGAGGAGCGCUACACAGAGAGAGUGUACACCAUUCGGGAAGGCGAGACCCUGGAGCUCACCUGCCUGGUGACUGGACACCCCCGGCCACAUAUUCGGUGGACUAAGACAGCAGGCAGUGUGUCAGACCGAUUUCAGGACACAAGUGUGUUCAAUGAGACACUUCACAUUGCCAAGAUCCUGAGGCACCAAGGUGGACGCUACUACUGCAAGGCAGAAAACGGCCUGGGCUCACCAGCCAUUAAGUCCAUCAGAGUUGAUGUCUACUACUUGGAUGACCCGGUAGUGACAGUCCAUCAGAGUAUAGGAGAAGCAAAAGAGCAGUUUUACUAUGAGAGGACAGUCUUCCUCCGCUGUGUGGCCAACUCCAACCCUCCGGUCCGCUACAGCUGGCACAGGGGCCGGGACGUGUUGUCUCAAGGUUCUGACAAAGGUGUGGAGAUCUACGAACCAUUCUUCACACAGCAGGGGGAGACUAAAAUCCUGAAGCUGAAGAACCUGAGGCCCAAGGACUACGCCAACUACAGUUGCAUCGCCUCUGUACGCAAUGUGUGCGGCAUCCCUGACCGCAGGGUCAUCUUCAGACUGACCAAUAAAACAGCUUCCCCGUCCAUCAAGCUGCUAGUAGAGGAUCCAAUCGUGGUGAACCCUGGGCAGACGGUAUCUUUGGUAUGUAUAGCUACGGGUGGCGAGCCCCCUCCCACCCUCACAUGGAGCAGCACCUCAGAGAAGCUCCCUGAGAAGAGUGUGGUGAAGGAUGGCACCCUCACACUGCCAGCCAUCACCUCCGAGGAUGCCGGCGUCUACAGUUGCAUUGCCAGCAACAACGUAGGCAAUCCAGCCAAGAAGUCUACCACAAUCAUCGUACGAGCGCUGAAGAAGGGCCGUUUCUGGAUCACACCUGAUCCAUACCACAACGAUGACAACAUUCAGAUUGGCCGUGAGGUGAAGAUAUCAUGCCAGGUGGAAGCCACGCCCCCUGAGGAACUGAUGUUCAGCUGGCUGAAGAACGGCCGGGCUCUGCGCAGCUCUGAGCGCAUGGUCAUCACCCAGACUGACCCUGACAUCUCCCCAGGCACCACCAACCUGGACAUCAUUGAUCUGAAGUUCACUGACUUUGGCACCUACACCUGCGUGGCGUCGCUUCGUGGCGGGGGCAUCCCGGAGAUCAGCAUUGAUGUUAACAUCUCCUCCACCACUGUCCCUCCUCUGUUUUUCUCUUUCUUAGUUCCCCCCAGCCUGACCGUCCCACGGGGUAAGUCCCCACUGGUGGUGCGGGAGGGCGAGACGGUGGAGCUGGAGUGCCUUGUUUCAGGAAAACCCAAGCCCAUCAUCCUGUGGUCGCGGGCCGAUAAGGAGGUACUUAUGCCUGAUGGGAGCAUGCAGAUGGAGAGCUAUGAUGGGGUGCUGCGGAUUGUCAACGUGUCCCGGGAGAUGACCGGCUCCUACCGCUGCCAGACCAGCCAGUACAACGGCUUCAAUGUCAAGCCUCGAGAAGCUGUGGUCGAGCUCAUAGUACAGUACCCUCCGGCAGUGGAGCCUGCGUGGUCAGAGGUGAGACAGGGUCUGAACCGACCAGUAGCCAUGAGCUGCCGCGUUCUCCGUGCGCACCCCUCACGGGUGCUGCGCUAUGAGUGGCGGCUGGGCUCACGUCUGCUCCAUGCUGGACACUUCGACACUCGUGAUGAGACAGAGUAUACGGUACGCACCUUGACACGCGAAGGCUAUGGGGAAUACACCUGCGACAUCAUCAACGAGGCCGGAGCUGGACGCUGCACCUUCUUAGUCACCGGGAAAGCGUUUGCCCCGGAGUUUUACUACGACACCUACAGUCCUCUAUGGCAGAACCGGCCACGGGUUUAUGGGUUCAAGCUGCAGUGGACCCAGAUGAACCCUGACGCAGUAGACCGUAUCAUGGCGUAUCGUCUCGGCAUACGGCAGACUGGGCAGCAGAGGUGGUGGGAGCAGGAGAUCCCUGUGGAAGGUCCCAUCCAGAAAGGAGAGCUCAUCACCUACAACCUGACAGAGCUCAUCAGGCCUGAAGCCUACGAGGUGCGUCUUACCCCCAUCACACGGUUCGGCGAGGGGGACUUCACCAUCAGGAUGGUCACCUACAGUGCUCCCAUUAACCCACACCUGAGGGAGUUCCAUUGUAGUUUUGAGGAGGAGCCUAUUUGCAUGUUCACUCAGGACAAGAACGACAACUUCGAUUGGACGAGACAGAGUGCUGCCACACGUGACACUAAAUAUACUCCCAACACUGGACCCAGUGGGGACCACAGUGGCUCAAAGCAGGGUUUCUACAUGUACAUAGAGACCUCCAGACCUCGUAAAGAAGGAGAGAAGGCACGAUUGCUGAGCCCCACCUUCAAUGUUGCCCCCAAAAAUCCUUAUGGCAUCACCAAUCCUCCAGCAUACUGCUUUGGCUUUUAUUACCACAUGUAUGGGAAACACAUUGGCACUUUGAAUGCGUUCAUGAAGCAGAAAGGCCAAGCUACUUCAGAUGCCAGUCCAGUCUGGUCACUCACUGGUAACCAGGGGGAACGGUGGAGACAGGCCAAAAUCAGCAUCCACCCCACUUCCUCCUUCCAGGUGAUCUUUGAAGGCAUCCGAGGCCCAGGGAUUGAGGGAGACAUCGCUAUUGAUGAUGUCACACUGGAGGAGGGGGAGUGUCCUGACCCUCCUUCCAAUCACAUCAGAUCCAAGGCUCCAUACAGAGCGACACAUAUAUGGCCGUUAUGCACCGCCCUGGCUUUCACAUUGUUUCGAGGUCAGAGGUGACCACCUGGUUGGGUGGAGACUGGCAACAGCAUCCGAGUCUGUGUCCCUGUAUCCUCAAUAUAUAAUCACCAAAGAUUCAAACAUUCAGAUUGCUGAGAGGGACACAGCAGUGGCUCAACACGGAUUAUCAGAAAUAAAAAAAUAAAAAAACCAUGAAAAAAGAGGAAAAAACAACAGAAAAAAGUAAUAAGGAUUCGCAAAAUGUAUCUAUUGAAAACAAUCUGCAAACUCUGUUCCAUUAAGAUGCUCUCAGGGACUCAACGACGAGAGCACUUUACAAAUGGAGUAAGCUGGUUGCAGGAGGCGAGGCUCAUCAGGAAGGGCUCCCACGCAGACCUGAGGACAGUUUGUAAAGCACAAGGACAACUUUGCCAGCUGGCAGUAAAAAGCUCAUUAAAAAAAAGGUGGGGAAAUGAAAGGUGAUAGCAGUCUCCCCUAGCUCUUUACUAUGAACACCUUUCAGUGUGUCAUCCUUUCUGUCCUUCAUCACAUAUUCAGCUUGUUCUUCACCUCCAACUCUUCAGUUAACCACAAGAUUUUACUCUUCUUUUCUGGCUUGGUGCUUUAGAACACAGACUAAAAAAUAAUAAUAAACUGUGGCAAAAACAAACAUCUAAUAUCUGCUUAAUAUCCCACCCUGAGUAGCUGCCUGUUUUGAUUUCACAACACUGUGCUCACGUCCCCUAGGGGCAGGCCAGGGGUAGGAGACCCGGUCAGAGGUUACUGGAAGCGAAUGGUGGAGUAGGAGAGAGAGGAGAGGAGGUGAAGACUGACAUGCAGAGGCCUGAGGCAGGAGGCCGUGGAGUUUGGAGAGAUGGAGAGGGGUUGUGAAGAUUAGGAUGAAGAGGAAGGAUCAGCACUUCUUCUCCUCCUCUAUUCUCCACUGCCAGAAACGUGACAUAAUCGGUGCCACUUUCUGCCAUGAAAUACAAAGUGCCUUCAGAUUAUUAACAGAAUCGUGAGCCUGGCCAUUAACACCAAUGUCAAUGUUUCUAAUGUCACCGAUGGGCUAUUUUGUACACGAUUAUUUUGCUCCUUCAAGUGCUGAUUUGAAUGGCACAACCAUUUCAAGUGGAGAUCAAAGAUGGCCCCAAAAGUCAGCACAACAGCCUACCCGCGACGCGCAGAGGUGGGUCUUUGGGAGGGUCCUUCAUCAUGUAGGUAGCCAUGGCCUCUAACAUGAGAGCAAAGACGGCUGUUCUCCAUGGCCACUGUCACACUGUAACAUAGCCGUUGUGCUGUACUGAGAUCUAAGCAGGUCUCUGGACGAUGGCUAGAGUGCCACACCGAGACACAGUGGCCUGCCCUGGUCAUUGCUUUAGAUGGAGUCUCCUCAAGUGGACCUUAGAAUAAUAAACACAGUAGUACACCACCAAGGAGUUAACUGGCAGGUGACGAAGCCUGCAUCAAAUAUGGCCUACUGUCCCCUACCCAUGCCUCUGCCAUUUAUAUACUGAACAAUGUACAUUCUGAAAGAAAACAGAUAUUAAUUAUUAUAAUAAUAUUUUAUUACUCUAGCGAGAAUGUUUCUCUGAUUUUACACAAACUGUGAAAAUAAACUGUGGAAAAAUCUACCUGAGAGUAUCCAUAACCAGCUGGUUUUUAAAACAUAUUGUAAAAAACAAAGAAAAGGAGAAGAACAUUUGCGUAUAUUGUUGGUUAUGAAAAAAUGUUUUGAGCAGCUGUGUCUUGUUUUUUUUUUCUGUUGAAGCUGUUAUGACUUUUAACUUUCUUUAAUUCUUGUCGUCUCCCUUGCAUUGCUAAAAUAUCAAAAUGGCCAGAACCAUAUUGAAUAAGUCGGUUUGGUAAAUGUAUAACUUGUGUAUGUAAAGAAGCUCUGUUAAUCAAGGUUUAUAUGAAAUGUUUAUGUAUGAAUACAGGAAGCACAAGAUUAAGGGAUUAAAAUGCAGUAUAAAUUCAUAUAUGUGACUUACUUCUUAAAAGCCAAGUGUAUCGUAAAUGGGGACUGAAAAUUGGCCUUAGUAAUGCAUAACUUGAUCUGACACUCAUAAUAUAUUUGACUUUUGCUUCCAUUACUGAAACAGCAACUUCAUGCUUACUGUUUGUGUGGCUUUGCAGCCAUGAAUCUGUGAAAGCUUCACUGGUAAUAAUGCUAUCAGCCACAUGUUGAGACAUAUUGUAUUUACACUGUUUAAAAACAAGUAUUUUUUAACAAAGUAAAAGGUAUUUUCACUGUCAAGUUGUUCAAACUAGUCAACACCCCUUAUUUACAAAAAGGCUAAAAGCAUGUUGUCAGAAGAAUGUUGUUACUGUUAUUAUUUUGAUAAAAUACUAUGUGGGAACAACUAGGUGAACAAUUUAAACCACUGAAUUAUAGUAAAAGGCAGUAUGUACGGAAUUCAAAUUUGAUAAAUUUUUACUAUCAUUAAGAAAACAUUUUUUACAGUGCACAUAAGCUCACCAGCACAGCUGUGAUUCAAUCUGGCAUGGACUGGACAAGUUCAUAAGCCUGCAUGUUGGUGACAUCAAUGUUCUUGCAUCAACUCUUGCAUCAAAGAGUUGUCCAGGUCGGCCAGACUUGGUGGAUGCCUGGCAUCUUACUCAUUGUUCCAGGUAGCUUCACAGAUUUACAAGAGGAUUCAAAUCUAAGGAUUUUGCAGGACAGUCCAGAUGUGUGAAUGCUCCUUAGUGUUCACCAUGCCAAUCAGUCAACAUUAGCAGCCCUGCUAAUCAUCCUAAGAUGAUGAGUAAAAGGCAAAACUUUCAGAAAUUGGUUGUGAAGGACAUUUGUUGACUUUUAGAAACAAUUCUUGCCUGGAAGCAAAGUGAUUCACACUCUGCAAGUAUUUCCAGCCCAAUCAUUCUCGUGCAACGCCAUCUGCAGGAGUCUGAAGUUACUACCACUCCAAACACACAAGGUGACUAAUUAUUUUGUCUGAGGAGCUUAUGUACAAGUUUAUUUGAAGAGGCAAAUUCUAAGCUCAUAUUCACAUCCUAACUGAAGAAGAAUUUUAACAGAGAAAUAAACUAGAAACUGUUGUUUCCACAGCCUUGGUUUUGUUAAGAGUGAGUCACAUAUAUGUCCUGGUAUAUGCAGUGUACAAUAGGUAUGUUAGGAAACAGAUACAAAUACAUUUAGAAGAUCUGAACAAACCAGAGCACAAUGAUCCACAGUCAUUACAGGAAAUGCCAAACUCAUUUUUAAACUCAUGUGUACUCCCUGCCAUGGCUAAAAGCAUUUGUAAGCAUCACAUAAGAAAAUGCAGUGCUAAAAUACACUGACACAAUUACAGUCUUAAAAUAGAAAUCUUAUGGCUUGCCAUAUGUGUCACAUGAUGGCUCGUCACCAAAGGACAAUAUGAGGUGGUCACCAAUCAGAACAUUUAACUUAUAUGUUUAAUAAAAUGAAGAAAUAUAAGGCAAACAUGUUAACCUACUUUCUGAAGAUAAAACUGCAUCAUUUUUUUUAUAUUUUGGACUGCAUGACAGAAAGAUGGUUUGUUAAUCCAAGAACCAUUUUGAUCCCUCACGUCCCACAUUCCAUACUGCUAUUAACACUGAUAUUUCUCAGUAUUCUGUUUUUAUUUUGCCAAUUUUUCAGAGUAGAAAGAUCUCAGUUUUACUGAUUCCCAUACAAAUGAUUAGUGAUGAAUUCAUGUCUGAUAGGUAUUUGGUAUUCUGCAUUGUGUAUAUAUGUGUAAUUUUAAUGUAAAUUGUAUGAUCUCAUGUAAUUAAGUAAGAGUGCCACUCGAAAUUCAUGAUGGGGAAAGAAAACUGCUGGGGACACUUUAAAUCUCAUCAGGUGUUAAAAGCAGAGCAUAUGGAGGAAAGGUUUGCCAAGAUAUUUAUCAGCUACCCUUCACAGAAAUUUAGCUGGAACUCAAAUCUCAUUUUUAAGCCAAGUCUCUGGUAUAAGGCCAAAAACCUGUUACCUCAAUGCUACAUGCACAAACCCAUUAAACAGACUUUGAUGUUUAUUUGCCCACCUUGCAAUUGAUGUUUAUGACUAUGGCAACUACAUCAGCUGCAUGACAUCAAAGUUAAAAAGCUUUCAAAGAACUAAUUUCAAAUUGAAAUUUUAGAUAUUCAGAUAGCACUAAAAUAUAUAUGAUGGGCAAAAUAUGCUACCUACUGAGGUCAUUUUCACAGAUUUGUAUUUUAGCUUAGAUAAAGUAACACAUUUUCUCUUUCCUUCUCAACAGUUCAGUCUCUUCCUUUGUCUCUGCUCUCUCAACUCCUCAACUGAACAUGAAACCCUUCUUAUACAGAGUAACGGAGAAGAGUAAACUGCAUAAUGCAGGAAUACUAUGUCUAACACUGACAUUGGGAACAUUGGGUCAAAGUCAUUACUUGUGCUAUUUAUCAACUACAUUCACUCAGGAUGUGUUUCAGUUGCUCAUAACGUCUGUCAUUAAGUGAAGGGCUUUUUAACUGCUGUUAUGUAAGUUCUAUAGCUUACCUUAAAGUGAAUGAUGCUAAUCAACGGCUAUUAAUACUGAUAGCGUAACAAAGUCCUUCGUUGCCUUCAUACAUACAACACUUAAUGAAUAAUUCUUGGGUUAGUGUAUUGACUCUGAACCAACCUCCUGUACUGACACCCCAUCAUUGUACUCUGAUUUGUGCUCUGUUUAGGCUUCUUUUCACUGUAUUUCUUUGGAUUUACCACAAAUUUUUGUGCCAUCCGCAACUAAUGAUAAAAUAAUAAAAAAA